GCCGUUGUGGUCAGUUUGGUGUCCCUGGCUCGGCCGGGGUUCUGUGAGCGACAUGGCCGAACCGGGCUCCCGCUACCCCUGCUCCUCCAUCGAGGAUGACUUCAACUAUGGCAGUUGCGUGGCCUCUGCCAGCGUGCACAUCCGGAUGGCCUUUCUCAGAAAAGUCUACAGCAUCCUGUCUCUGCAGGUUCUCUUAACUACAGUGACCUCUGCAGUGUUCCUGUACUUUGAAUCUAUACGGACAUUUGUACAUGCAAGUCCUGCCUUAAUUUUGGUGUCUGCCCUUGGAUCCCUGGGUUUGAUUUUUGCACUGACUUUAAACAGACAUAAGCAUCCUCUUAACCUGUACCUGCUUUUUGGAUUCACACUGUUGGAAGCUCUGACUGUGGCCACUGUUGUUACUUUCUAUGAUGUAUAUAUUAUUCUGCAAGCUUUUGUACUGUCUACUGCAGUAUUUCUUGGUUUGACUGUAUAUACUCUACAAUCUAAGAGAGAUUUCAGCAAAUUUGGAGCAGGACUAUUUGCUGUUUUGUGGAUAUUAUGUUUGUCAGGAUUCUUGAAGAUUUUUUUUUAUAGUGCGACAGUGGAAUUGGUCCUCUCUGCAGUAGGAGCCCUUCUUUUCUGUGGAUUCAUCAUCUAUGAUACACACUCAUUGAUGUAUAAACUAUCCCCUGAAGAGUAUGUACUAGCUGCCAUCAGCCUCUACUUGGAUGUUAUCAACUUAUUCCUGCACCUGUUACGGGUUUUGGAAGCAGUUAAUAAAAAAUAAGUGAAAGCAGUAUACAGAGAUUGUUCCAUUAUGUAAUAAUAAAGUUGAGUUAAAAUUAAAUAUUAA